AUGGAGAAGGAUGCUACUAAGGCUCAAGAAGAGAGGAAAGGCUUCAUCGAGUCUGUGGUUGAGGACCUCUGGGACACAAGGAACACAGAGGUCCUGCAGGUCCUGCCAACCAAAGAGGAAUCCGAAAUACAACUUGUGGAAAGAGCUGGUUUGUCCAGUUUCUCUCCAUUUAAUUUGAUGUUGGCUGGUGGCUUGUUGUUGAUUGUUUAUAUUAUAUUUAGGAAAGUGAAAGAUGCCUCACAUGAAGCUCAUGGUGAGACCACAGUGGAUACAGAAGUAGCAGAUGAAGAGAAACUCCAAAAGGCCCUGCAGGAGAAGAAAAGGUUUUUGGAAGUUUAUCCUCAGAUGAAACAGGAGCUCGAGGAGCGCAUCAGGAAGCUCCACACCCUUGCAGACAAGAUUGACAAGGUGCACAAGGGCUGCACCAUCACACAAGUGGUGGCCAAGUCCACCUGUGCUGUGUCUGGGGUCCUGACAAUCCUUGGUCUCACUCUGGCACCUGUGACAGCAGGAUUCAGUCUGGGACUUUUAGCCUCAGGCUUGGGACUUUGGGGAGCAGCGGCUGUGACGAGUGCUUCCGCAAAAAUUGUGGAAGAGGUAAACAUGGAGUUAGCAGAAGCUGAAGCCAGCCAGCUUCUGCCAAGGAGCAACAACACUGAGAAUGACAUUAAAAGCAACAACACUGAGAAGGACAUUACAGAAUCGUUGGAGAAGAUCACCUCCAGGCUUGUUUCUGUAUCUAAGCAAUUUGUUAAGAAUGUGGAUGACAUAAAGAAGAACAUUGAUGCCAUCAAGCUGGAAAAAGCCAGCCCUCGCCUAGCAAAUAAAGCUAAGCGUCUAAUGACCACAGGGAAGGUGUCAGCCAAAAGCACGAAAGAGGUGAAGAAAGCCUUUGGAGGCACUGUGCUGGCAAUGACCAAAAGAGCCCGGAUCAUGGGUGCAGCCACUGCAGGUCACUCCCUAGCACUAGAUAUAGUCAGCAUCAUAAAAGACACAAAGCAUUUGCAAAACGGGGCAAAGGCAGAGUCUGCUGCAAAGCUGCGGCAGCAGGCUCAGGAACUGGAGCAGAAGUUGCAGGAGCUCAUCCAGGUGCAUGACAUCCUGACUCAGUGA